CUUUAUAAGUAGGAGCCAUCCGCGUCCUCAGGACUUACUCCCUCUCGAGAACGUGCCACGAUCGGCAAACGAUUUCCAGAAUAGUUCCUGAAUCACGUCGCCGGGUUGUUUCUCGCGUCUCACUUUCGUACAUUCUCGCGGCCCGCGCAAGAAAUCGAGUCUCGUCGUCGUUUGGAAAUCGACAUCGUCGUCGCGAGAUGAGGAGGUCCUCCACGAAUUGAAGAGGACGAAUUGAGAGUUGGUGCUCCACGUACGAACAGGCACACUGAAUCGAAGACAUGCGGAUAGGCGUAGGCGCGUUUAGCGCCUUGAUAAUGCUGAUUUCGUUGACGUCUGCACAAGAUGUGAAGAGUCUUUUCUUCCCUCAUCUGCCACAUAAACAACCGAAAAGUGGUUUCAUAUGUGUGGAAGUGGGAUAUCAUCCCGAUCCUCACGACUGUAAGGUAUUCUACAGAUGUGUUGAUUGGGGAUUCGGACUACCUCUGACGCGGUUCACAUUCGAGUGCGCUUUCGGGACAGUAUUCUCGAAGGUGAAAGGUAACGUUUGUACUUUCCCUGGCGAUAGCGGACGACCAGAGUGUAGCGGAAAUUCCACAAACGACAAUGGAGCGAGUUGGACAACCAUCAGCCCGACUACGACUAAGAUCACGAUCGCGAGUAAAUUACCGCCGACACCUUUACAGACUACUACCGUAAGAUCACCAACGACUGGCCAAUCUUCCGAAACAAGUGGAAAACCAGCAAACGACCAGGGUCGAGGAAAGUGUGUCCAAGAAGGAUUCUUCGCUGAUCCGAACAACUGCAAGAAAUUCUAUAGAUGCGUUGACGAAGGUUCUGAAAAGUUUGUAAAGUACGAGUUCGAGUGUGGAGUUGGUACCGUCUGGGAUCCAGAUAUUAAAGGCUGCAAUCAUCCUUGGGCAGUAUCACGAGAAGAUUGUAAAGAAGGUACAGGACAACCAAGUCAACCUGGUGACACCACAGGACAACCUGGUUCCCCCGGUAGCGCGGGUACAGGAGCUGCAUCUGGAAUUUCUGGAUCUCCUGGCAUACCUGGAUCACCUGGUACACCUGGUACACCUGGUACGCCUGGUACACCUGGUACACCUGGAUCAUCUGGUACACCUGGAUCUUCUGGUACACCUGGAUACCCUGGCACACCUGGAUCGCCUGGUACACCAGGAUAUCCUGGCACUUCUGGAUCUUCUGGUACACCCGGAUCACCUGGUACAUCUGGAUCACCUGGUACACCUGGAUAUCCUGGCAUAUCUGGAUCUCCUGGUACACCUGGAUCGCCUGGUACACCUGGAUCUCCUGGAAUUUCUGCAUCUCCUGGUACACCGGGAACUCCUGGAACUUCUGGUACUCCAGGAACACCUGGAUCUCCUGGUACUCCAGGUACUCCUGGUACUCCGGGCAUCCCUGGAUAUCCUGGUAUUUCUGCACCUCCUGACACUGCGGGUACUUCGGGAACUCCUGGAACACCGGGUACGCCUGGAACACCGGGAAUCCCUGGGACACCGGGAACACCUGGAUCUCCUGGUACUUCGGGAACUUCCGGAACAUCUGGUACAUCGGGCACUUCUGGAUCUCCUGGUUCUCCGGGCACUCCAGGAACUUCUGGUACACCAGGAACCCCUGGAAUUUCUGGUACUCCGGGAACACCUGGAUCUCCUGGUACUCCGGGAACACCUGGAUCUCCUGGUACACCGGGCACUCCCGGAACUCCUGGAUCUCCUGGAUCUCCUGGAACUUCUGGAUCUCCUGGAACUUCCGGUAUUCCUGGAAAACCUGGAUCUCCUGGUACACCAGGCACUCCAGGAAUUCCUGGAACGACGGGAAUACCUGGAACUUCUGAUAGUUCAGGAACAUCAGGUAUGUCUAAAACUUCAGAAACAUCUGGCAGCACACAUACAUCUGGACCUGGUGUAACUGACAUUUCUGGCACAGCAACUAAUUCAGGGAUCUCUGGCACAUCAGAAAAUUCUGAUACUCCUGCUGCAACUAGCAUUUCUGCUACUCCUGGCAAACCUGGCACAUCUGGCAAACCUGGCACACCUAUUAGACCUAGCACUUCAGAAAUUCUUGGCACAUCAGAUAGUUCUCUUAGUCUAUUCAUUUCUGACACAUCUGACGAAUCAAGCAUUCCAAGCAUACCAAACAAUCCAGCAACACUUGCAACUCCAAAUAUACCAGAAAACUCUGAUACUCCUGGCACUCCUGGUACUCCAGAUAAUCAAGGUACAUCUACAACUCAGAGAACACCAAGUAAUCCAGCAACUCCCGACACUCCUGAUAUCUCAUGUAGUCCCGGCACUUCUGGCAUUCCAGGAACAGCAGGAAAUCCCAAUAAUCCUGGCACUCAUGAAGCCACCGGAACAUCUAGUAGCACUAGUGGCACUAGCAGCACAUCUGACUCUUCUACCACUACAACAUCCAGCACUUCCAGUACAUCAUCUUCAAGCCCAAACACACCUGAUGCUCCUAGUGUAACACUUGAAAACGUUGCUGAUUUUGGCACAACUGAUGUUCCCAGUCUUACAGACACUCCUAAGAUUACUGAUAAAACUAACUGCACUAUUGGUACACCAAGCAGUUCCAGUAAAUCAAUGCUUCCAGAAAAAUAUGGUACCCUCGGAACAUCGAAACUUACUGAAACUCCUAGUACCUCUCGCAAAGUUGCUGCCUCCGGCUUUCCUGAGGAAUACACUCUUUCUACAACUCCUGUUGUACCACUCAUUCAUAAUACAAGUUUCUCUCCCGACAGUAAUGACACACACAGCAGAUCCAGUAAACCAACUAUUCCAAUACUACCUGAACCUACAUUGGAACGUGUUAUUCUUUCUAGUGAAUCGGAUAUGUUUGCCUACAGUGAUAUACCCAGCCCAGUAGAUAUUCGGCUGCCUAGUUCUAUUGAGGGUACUGAUUCAUCACAUAAUAACAGUAACCCACUCCCAAUAAACCCUGAGAGUCCUGAUAGAUUUGGCAGUACCGACACUUUUGACGUUCCUGCUAUUUCUGAUGUUCCUGUCCUUCCAACUGGUACUCGUAGCACAUCCGAUAUCCCUAACACUACUGGUACACAUCACGAUUCCAGUACGUCAACAAGGCUGCACACAACUAGUACUGCCGAAACACCAGCAGGACAAUCCACUGCUGGCACUUCUGGCAUUGCGGCCUCCCGCUUUUCUGAUGAUUACAUUCUUCCUUCCACUCCUGAUUAUCCCCUUACUCCGCGCGCGCCUAAUAUAACUUCUUUCUCCGACACCGACAGACACAGCAGUUCCAUUAAACCAACUACCCAAGAACCGUCUGGUAGCCUCAUACCAGCGGGACAUACUACCAUUCCAUUCGGCUAUCGCAAGGUUAAUGAAUCCGGCUUCCCUGACGAAUACACUCUUCCAUUCACUCCUGAUCGUCCCCUUACACCUCGCACUCCUGAUUUCCCUUGGUUUCGCGAUAUUUCUGAUACAGACCGUUCCAGGUCCUCAGUAACGCUGCAAACAGCUAGUACUGGUGAAACAACAGCAUGUCCAGACACUGCAGGCACUUCUGCCAUUGCAGCCAUCUCUGAGAUAACCGAACUUCCCAGUCUUACAGACUCUCCUAAGAUUAGUCACACAACUAGCUCCUCUAAAGUUAAUGGUACAUCAAGUAGACCUAGCAAACCAGCUAUCCCAAAAACAUUUAGCAUCAGAGCAUCGAGACCUGCCCGCAUUCCUACAGGCACUCGCAAGGUUGCUGCCUCUGAAGUCACUCAUGUUCCCGGUCCUACAGACACUCCUAAGACUACUGACACAACUAGUUACACUGGCGCUAUUGGGACAUCAAGCAGUUCCAGUAAACCAAAUAUUCCAGAAAAAUUUAGUGCCCUUGGAACACCGAAACUUACUGAAACUUCUAGUACUUCUCGCAAAAGUGCUGUCUCCGGGAUUCCUGAGGAAUACACUCUUUCUACAGCUCCUGUUGCACACGUCAAUCCUCGCAAUCAUAAUACAAGUUCUUUUCCCGACAUUAAUGACACACACAGCAGAUCCAGUAAACGAACUAUUCCAAAACUACCUGAUCCUACAUUGGAACCUGUUAUUCUUUCUAGUGACUCGGAUAUGUUUGCCUGUAGUGAUUUGUCCAGCCCUGCAGAUAUUCAGAUGCAUAGUUCUAUUGAGGGUACUGAUUCAUCACGUAAUGACAGUGAUCCACUCCACUCGAGCACACCAUUUACUCCGGAAACACCAAUAAACCCUGAUAGUCCUGGUAGCUUUGGCAGUACUGACACCUUUGACGUUCCUGCUAUUUCUGAUGCCCCUGCCUUUCCAACUGGUACUCGUAGAACAUCCGAUACUCCUAACACUACUGGUACACACCGCGAUUCCAGUAAAUCAACAAAGCUGCACACAAAUAGUACUGCCGAAACAUCAGCAGGACAUUCCACUGCUGGCACUUCUGGUAUUGCAGUACUCUCUGAGAUCACUAAUAGUCCGCGACUUAGACAAACUCCAAAGAUUAGUGGUACAACUGGUUCCUCUAAUGCUAAGGGUACAUCAAGCAGGCGCAGCAUACCAGCUGUCCCAAUAACAUCUGAUACCCUUGGAACAACGGAACAUACUACAAUUCCUAGUACCUCUGGCAAUAUCAAUGCCUCUGGCAUCGUUGAUGCUGCAAGUCUUACUCACACUUCAUUAAUUAAAGACUUAUUUGGCACUAGUGACGAUAGUGGUA